AUGGAAUGCAAUCUUCCAAUGACUUUGUUGGUUCGCUUAGAGUCCAAUGGCCGUGGCAAGCCUAGGAACCGGAAGGAUAAUGACGAAGGCAGAAUAAUACUGCAACAUGUACAAAAUAGCAGUAGCAACGAUGAAGUUGAUGGAGUUGGUGCUAGAAGUAGUGAUGGUGGUGAUGGUGGUGGUGGUGGCAAUGAAGAGAGCCAAUUCUUCAGUCUUAUUGUACGUCUCGUUGAUAUAAAUGACAAUUCACCACGUUUUCCUAGACAGAUGGAAACGAUUUUCGUCUCAGAAGGUCUCAAGAUUGGUUCAAGGCUGCCCCUUCCAUUAGCCAGUGAUCCUGAUUCUUUGGAAUUUGGCAUUGCCAGGUGCACAUCGCUGAGAUAA